GUAGUUAUUUGAUGCAAGUUGCCUCUCUCUCUCUCAUGCAUACGGACAUGCAAAUGCAUACAUGCAUGAAUUGUUGCCUUUUAGUUAUUGUGGCAUGGUUCUGGUCCCCUUGAUGCUUGCUUACCAUUUCAGAUUAAGCAUGACCUUGCUGAUGCUGACUACAAAAGAUAGUUUCUAAACUUUUACAUCUAUGAUGAUUUUCAAAGAAUCCUGUUUUAGUUCUUGAGCAUUUUGUUGUCACUUCUUGUCAGAUUGAACUUUAUUUUUUCUAUGACAAUUUUUCACUUUGUGUGCAUGUGCAGUGUGGAUGGUGGAAGACCAAGUAGUGCAAGUAUCUUUGUUGGUGGCUUUGUCUUGGGUGGAAUUGUUGUUGGAGCACUAGGUUGUAUAUAUGCACCCCAGAUCAGCAAGGCACUGGCAGGAGCAGACAGGAAAGAUUUGAUGAAAAAGCUGUCAAAAUUCAUAUGUGAUGAAGAGAAAGCCUUGGAGAGAACACGCAAAAUCCUGACUGAGAAGAUCGCGCAGCUAAACUCUGCCAUAGAUGAUGUCUCUUCACAGCUCCGUGCUGAUGAUACCCCAAAUGGAACUGCUGUAAGCCCGGAUGAACUUCAGGCUUCCAUAUGACAAAUUGUUCAAAAGAUAUCCUGAAGUUGUUUAUAGAUGAGAAAUGUUUGAAACAAAUCCUUUAAAUUUUCACUAGUAAACUAAGGGCUCAAGGUGGGGCCCUUAUGUAUUGUGUCGAAUGUUAAUGAUUCAGUUAAUUUGAAUGAUGCUUUAAAAUUA